GGCGGAGCCGGGGCGGAAGCGGCCGGGCCGGGGAACUUCAUCUCAGGAAGAAGAUGAAAGAUAAUGUUGCUGAAGAACAUUUAUAUUUGGCUUUUUCUCAUCAGUACAGAGAUAGUAUCUUUCCUCUUCAUACGUCUAUCUCACUGUUUUUACUAUCCUACUGUGACUGCAAAUUAUUUAAAGUUUUCUUAGUGCCGACUGGUGAAGACGUGGGUGAUCAGUGUGUGACAAAAAACCUUGUUGGUGAUCUUGAGGUCCGUUUAAUCUCCAGAUGUCAGCUUCCAGUGGUUGUGCAGAGCUGCAGUUUACCUGCUGUUGUUGUGAAAGAUGACAAAUUCUGCCGAGCUGGGCUUUCUGUGGUCUUAAGACAUAUAAUACAGAAAACAUUCGAGGCAGAUCCAUCUAAAAAGGAUAUUUUGGCACUCUUGGGCUUUAAGAAGACCUGCUUAAAAGCCUGUGCAGAAGUGAGCCAGUGGACCAGGCUGUGUGAGAUCAGCAUACCUCUGGCUGUUGAAAGAUUUUUGGCAGGCUCUCCUGAGCACUGCCAGGCUAUUCCUCCUGACAUUUUACUGUUUGAAAGGAAGCUUGGAGAACCUGUCCGAGUACAUAACGAUGACAAAAUUCGAAGGCAGAAACUUCAACAGCAGAAGGCAGGUGCCAAGAGUGGAGUGCCUGAGCUUGAAGAAGCAGCAGGGGAAGUCCAUGAGCAUCCACCUUCAAGUUUGGAGCUGAGUGUAGCUUUCUCUAAACUACUUGCUCAGGAAGUACCAAAUGCAGUCAACAGGGAGGCCCCUUACAUCAGGAGAACAAAAACCUCUGACCUUCCGCUCUUGGACCACGUUUUUGCAGAAGGGCUUUAUUUUACUGUGGCAGAUCUAGUGCUUUUGCCAUGCAUCCAUCAGUUCUUGGUUUCCAGCAAGAAACAAGGCAAAAAUCUGGUAAACUUGCCACUGAUAGCCAGUUGGUAUCGAAGAGUUCAAGAAGUACCUGGAGUAAAGAAAGCUGCAGGCAAAUGCAACAUGGAGUUUCUCCAGCUUCCAGAGUUGAUGUCUCCUCCUGAGGAACAGCUGCAGAACUCCACUUCAGUCCCUGAUGAGUUGGAAGAGGAUAAUGAAGACAGUCAUUUUAUAGGUGGUCCGAGGCCAACCAUGACUAAGUUAAUGGAAAAUGGAAUUGAAGCAAAAUUUUCUCCUCAUCCAUGCCCCAACUGGACCCUAGACUGGACCAGUCUUCCUUCUGCAGUCAGUCCUGGGGAAGGAAAGAUGUCUAGAGACCGGGCUCUCAGGAAGCAGCAACAACUGAAUAAUUUGGUAGCAGCAGUGACAAAGCUUGCAAAACCUGGAGAUUUGAUUGUGGAUUUUUGCAGUGGAGGGGGCCAUGUUGGAAUUGUUCUUGCUUAUAUGAUACCAUCAUGUCAGGUGGUGCUCAUAGAAAAUAAAGAGUUGUCUCUGAUCCGUGCUAAAGACAGAAGUGAUGAACUAGGUUUGAACAACAUUUGGUUCAUUCAAGCAAAUUUGGACUAUUUUAAUGGGACUUUUAACAUUGGGGUGGCCCUGCAUGCUUGCGGGGUGGCCACAGACAUGGUGAUUGAGCACUGCCUCAGGGCACGGGCAGCCUUUGUCAUCUCCCCCUGCUGCUAUGGCUUCAUUCAAAAUACAGCCAAGUUCAAAUAUCCACGAAGUCAUCAGUUCAAAGAGAUUUUGUCCUACAAGUCAGGUCUCUAUUUAUGAAUUGGAUGGAGUGUACUGGAGGAAUUACCAUCUUGAUUUAAUAUGAAGGUUUUUUGUGGAGUGAAGACUUGGAUGUUUGUGGCCCUCUAAAAUAAGCUGGAGUAAGUAUCCUUACUUCAGAAUACUGAAAGAAUCUAGACUACCCUUAGUUGAAAUUGCUCUCUCCACCUGUUACAAGAACCAAAUCUUUAAAAUCAUAAUUUUAUAUUAGACAAGAAUAAAAAAAUUCUUUUUGAUGCAAGAUACACAUCCUUGUUUCAGAACUGUAGCUCUGGAAGCUUUGCUUAAGAGAGCAGUUUGUGUUGCUGUGCAUUUCUGUUGUCUGCCCAUGACGUUGUGGGAGACUUGGGAAUGGUGUGUGAUUCUAAAAUGGUUCCAGUUUACUCUGCCCUGUACUGAGUACUGCAACUGUCCCAUAAAGCACAGCUGUCAUCAGAGCUGUAAUUCCACUGCCACACCUCGCAAGGCUCCUACUCUCACCACCUGCCUUCCUUGGCUUGGCUGGUCUUGGAGGAGCCAUUGUGCUGGCAUGGGAGGUGGGCAUUGAAGGCAAAUGAGGAUGGGACUCUGCUGCUGCUCCAAGCAGGAACUGAAGUGCACCCUCCCCGGCACCAUCCCAUGGCUGACUGGGCAGGGAAAAUACUUCUGUAGAAGUCUCUGCAGAAGAUUCUAAUGGGUCAGGGAUAGUUUGAAAGUAAAUUGUGCUCCUUUUGAUGGAGGAAACUUUCCUAUUCACAGCCAGGUAUUUUUUGCCUUCAGGAUCUGAAAAGAUUUGGCAAGGCAGAGGAAGUUUGACCCACCAAGCCUAUCCUGGAAUUCAAAAUCACUGCUUGGGAGAAAUGUUCAAGUCAACUGUUUAAGAAUUUUGUCUUGGCUGCUUAUUGAUGCAGGGAGGCUGCUCUAUUAUGGCUAUGCUAAAAGAUGGCUGUGUUGCUCAUCAGUUAUUGAAAGCAAAAUUAGUCUGCAGGAUAUCUUUGAGGAAUGCUGUCUUGUAUACAUUGAAUCCCAUUCAACUGCUGAAAAUAUUUAGAAAGUUCAGCAAGAAGCAAAUGCUUGUCAGGAGAAAUGAGGCAGUGAUUACAAACACUUGACUUACACAUGUAUUUGCAAUACAAAAAUAGAGAUUUCCACACAGGUGGAUUUUUUUUAGAAAUAUUGUCUUCAACGUGGUAGCAUUUCUGAUACUUUUAAGCAUUUAAUCAGAUUUUUUGGAUCAAUCUUUUUUUUUGUCUUUU